AUGUCCUACCCGCAGUUUGGAUACCCCUAUUCCUCCACUCCCCAGUUUCUGAUGACCACCAACUCCCUGAGCGCGUGCUGUGAGUCCGGUGGCCGCACGCUGGCCGACUCCGGGCACGCUGCCUCGGCCCAGGCGCCGGUCUACUGCCCGGUCUACGAGAGCCGGCUGCUGGCCACUGCGCGCCACGAACUCAACUCGGCGGCAGCGCUCGGCGUCUACGGGGGUCCCUACGGCAGUUCGCAGGGCUACGGCAACUACGUGACCUAUGGCUCUGAGGCAUCUGCUUUCUAUUCGCUGAACGGCUUCGACGCCAAGGACGGGACCGGCUCUGCGCAUGCGGGGCUCGCACCAGCCACGGCCACGGCCUAUUACCCUUACGAGCCGGCUCUGGGCCAGUACUCAUACGACAGGUACGGAACCAUGGACAGCGGCACGCGGCGCAAGAACGCCACCCGCGAGACCACCAGCACGCUGAAGGCCUGGCUGCAGGAGCACCGCAAGAACCCGUACCCCACCAAGGGCGAGAAGAUCAUGCUGGCCAUCAUCACCAAGAUGACCCUCACGCAGGUGUCCACCUGGUUCGCCAACGCGCGCCGGCGGCUCAAGAAGGAGAACAAGAUGACGUGGCCGCCGAGGAACAAGUGUGCGGAGGAGAAGAGACCCUACGGGGAAGGCGAGGAGGAGGAGGAGGAGCUGGGUGAGGAGCCCAGGGAGGAGAAACUCAAGAGCGUCGAGCGCGAAGAGCCCGCUGGCAAAGGUGACAAGGAGUUAGAGCUCAGUGACCUGGAAGACUUUGACCCUCUGGAGGCGGAGACCCCGGAGUGCGAGCUGAAGACACCCUUCCGGCCCCUGGACGGUGGUGGCCUGGAGCGCGUUCCUGCCGCUAAGGAUGGCUCUGGGAUCCAGGGCAAAGAGGCCUCCUCUGGCACACUCCGGAUGCCGCUGGCCGCCACUUGUGGAGGUGCCCUGGAGGAGGACCUGGAGAGGGCCCGGGGCUGUCUCCGGAGCGCAGUGGCCGCGCCCGAGCCGCAGGCGGGCGCCGAGGGUGGCCCGCAGGCCUGCGAAGCCAAGCUGAGCUUCGCGCCCGUGGGGGCGCCGGCAAGUCUGGAGGCCAAGCCGCGCAUCUGGUCCCUGGCGCACACGGCCACGGCCACCGCCCUGAGCCAGACUGAGUUUCCCUCCUGCAUGCUCAAGCGCCAAGGUCCCGCGGGUGCGUCCUCGCCCGCCAUCCCGGCCUCUUCCGGGACCCUGGACAGACACCAGGACUCCCCAGUGACCAGUCUCAGAAACUGGGUGGACGGGGUCUUCCACGACCCCAUCCUUAGGCACAGCACUUUGAACCAGGCCUGGGCCACCGCUAAGGGCGCACUUCUGGAUCCGGGGCCUCUGGGACGCGCGCUGGGGGCAGGCACCAAUGUGCUGGCGACUCCCCUGGCACGCUCCUUCCCGCCCACCCCACCCCAAGACGCCCCAGCUGCCGGGGCGGCCCAGGAGCUGCGGGCUAUGCCCAAAGCCGGUGGCAAGCCCUUCUGCACCUAA